AUGACAUUUGCCCACCUCUCUGUUUUCCUCCUGGUCUGCGCUAUGACUGUCCGCGGUGACUCUAGCUGGACAGACGAUGAUGCUUUCCAGUCGGCUAUUCUCAAUACCACCAACUCGUACAGGAGCGCACAUGGUGCUGACGCGUUAACUUGGGACGAUACUCUCGCUUCGUAUGCCCUAAACCAUACCCAGACGUGCGUGUUUGAGCAUAGCGACGGAUCGUACGGCGAGAACCUUGCCGCCGGGUACGACUCUCCGGAGGCGUCGGUCGAAGCCUGGGGCGACGAGGGGGAUUCCUAUAACUGUAGUGACCCAGGCUACUCGGACGAUACAGGCCAUUUCACGCAGUUGGUGUGGAAGAGUACCACCACUGUGGGAUGUGCGCGGGUCGAUUGCGAUGGAACUAAUGAUACACCAGGGUGGUAUGUCACUUGUGAAUACAACCCCGCUGGUAACAUUGUUGGCGACGACAACCAGUACUUCAUUGAUAAUGUUCAGUGUUGAGGGGACCCUCGAAAGGCUGAUGGGUGGUUGGUUUCUUCCCUUCGUGCGAUGCGAUCCUCUGUACCUCCGAAUUUGACAUCCCGAGUUCAGAGAUCAAUGCCAUAAAAUGU